AUGUCAAUCGGUCUACGAAAAACUGUUUCAAAUUUACUUGAAGCUCUUAUAAAUGAAAAAGCUGUUCACAUAAAAUGGUCAAAUGAAAAUACGAUCAUAGCCACUAUUGCAGAUGCUCAUGAUUCCAAAGUGCAACAUACGAUCACUGCCAAGUGUGAAAGGAAUCUAUUCUCAAAUGAAGUAGAAAACUUCGAAUGGGACACUAUUAUGAUCGAUGAAACUCCUGUUAAACAGAUGACUGAUUUAUUUCUAUUGGGAUUCAACGAAGAGCAGUGUUCGAUAUUGAAUCAAAACAUAGAAGCAACGGACUAUCUCGAAACGAUUUAUGAACAAUGCCGAACAUCAGAACCGAAAAUAUUGAAAUCUCUUGCGAAUUUGCUCGGCUCUUCAUUUCCGUCGAAUUUCGAUCGGACACAACCAAGAGCAUACGCCAUGUUAUUAGCAAGCAUUCCAGCACGUGAGGCACUUAUUCUUACUGAAGCAUGUGGCAAUGUUGAUGGAUCAACUGGAAAUCCAAUAAAAAAUGUUAUGUUUGGUCGAAAAUCUGGCGCAGUACAACAUCAUCCAAUUUCAGUCGCUUUUCAAAGUGGAAUUUCUCAACUUCAACUUGUCUCUCAUCCCAAUGCCACUAUGCUCGAAGCAGGUUCAAUUCCAGAGCGUCUUUUGAAUAUAUUUAAAUUUUAUACAGACAAACAUCAAAUCCCGAUGAACAAAUAUGCUGUCGAUAUAUCUGGUAAACAAUCGGCUGUUCAGGAUUCGAUCGAUGCAUUCGUUUUACUAUCGAAACGUAGUUUCAUUCCAUUCGAUGGUGACUUUCAAAUCAAAACAAGUUUUCCUGCACAAAUUACAUCAGAAAAUCGUGUUAUUGAUUGGAAAACAGCUCUUGAUACCAUUGAAUGUGCUCGAAUCGUUUCAAAAUUGGCAACUCUCGAAAAACUUCCAGACAAUGUCUGGGUAUUACCAACGCUAUUCGCCAGUCAAGUUAAGGACGAUGAUAAUACAACAUUUUAUAUUCGUGGUGGUCUCAGAGAUGCAUAUUGUAACGGAAAUGUUUUAGGUGUACCUGAACAUCUCACGCCUAUUAUAGCAUGUGCUCUCACUACUAGAAAUAUUAUCACGCCUGAUAAAACAUUAUUCGAAAGCUUAGUUGAAUUUGGCUUCGAUCCAUUAAUCUUGUUUAGAGAUAUUUCAAAUGCCAUCAUUGGGUCUCAACUACAUUUCAUAGCUAUUCGUUGGGUACCUGAUGCUCACACACAAAAUAUAGCCUAUUUAUUAGAUAUGAAUCGAAAGUGUUUUGUAGGUCUUCUCCUGAAAGAUUCAGAAUGUGAAAAAAAUAAAAUAAUUAGCGGAGGAAAGCUGGCAUCGCUCAUAUUUCCUUCGGUACCACCGACAGAAUCUGAACAUCAAUCAACACAGCGAAUCAUUAUUUCUACACUUUAUUUUCAUCAUACGAUUUAUACGAAGCAUAUUGAACCGUUGGCACGACUCUUAAACAAGAAGUAUCAUAUAUCGGUGACCGAUAUUCAAACAAUUACACACAAUAGCUUGACAUCAUGGAUAGCAAAGAACAUAAAUGCAAAUAUACAACAUAAGAUUGAUCUUACUGGUCGAUACUACGAAAGGAAUUUGGCUUGCAAAACUUUAAAAAUUGGAACUCCUCCUCAUUAUCGCCUUAUUUCAAAUCAUAAAUUGAUUCUAGCAAUUCCAUGA